AAAACAAUAAAAUUUAUUGGUAAUAACAAUUAAAACAACAAUUUAAAACAUUCAAAAAACUAAAACCAGCAAUAAACAAAAAAACACAACAAACAGCAUUCUAGAUAUCUAGGUAGACUUCGCUAAACAAUGUUUUAGCAGGUGCUGAAAAGAGUACAGUGAAGGUGCCUGCCUGGUAUCAAUAGGAAGGGAGUUCCAAAGUAUAGGUGCUACCACACUAAAAUAUCAUUUUUACAAAUGCAGAAUGGGUAUUAUGUGGCACCUGUAAUGGUGCCAGUUCCUCAGUUUGAAGUGGUCAAGUGGACAUAUAUGGGGUAAGGUGAUUUUGCAGGUAAACUAGGCCCAAAUUGUUAAAUACUUUGUAUACUAAUAGUAACACAUUGAAACUGGCCUGGUAGCAAAUCAGCAACCAGGGCAGAUCCCUGAGUACAGGUGUUGUAUGCUGACAAAGUCUCACCCCUGGCCUGGCAGCAACUUUGCACUAACUGCAGCUUCUGGAUCAAGUGACUAGGGAAGCCCCACAUAGUCCAUUGCCUUGAGGAAAUGUGGCAACACUUUCCCAGUCUAGGAAUGGUUGCAGCUGUUGAACCAGCCACAGUUGGUAAAAGGCACUUCUCGCCACUGAGGCUGCCUGAGCCUCCAGUGAUAGAGCUGCCUCCAGAAGCACCCCAGAAGUAGUGUCUUGCAUCAUAACUCAUUUUGGAUAAAAACCAUCAAAUUGAUGCUUCUUAAAAGUGGGAGAAGUUACAGUUGACUCAAUGAUUCUAUUACUCUAUACUGUACUUACAAUUCCAAGAGAGGACUCUUGUAUAUGCUACUUGAUCACUCUCAGAUGUAGGACUAAUUCCUUCCCCUCCCUAUGCAGUUCAUUAGAAAAUUAUUAAAUAAGAUUACAAGUUAUGGAACGUAACCAAUAACCACUUUUAUGCAUUCUUGCUAAAGCCUACAUAGAAUUGCAGACUUCUACCAGUCUUAACAGUUUUUGCUCAUUGUCUUUUGAUCUACUGAUCAGGGUGCAUAUGAUGGCUUUUAUUCACCACCAAAAGCUGUAAACUUAUCUUGGAACAAAUUGAGCUUUUCCUGUAAUCAGAUGCUUGCAGAUGCUGAGUAGGUAGGAGGUACAACUCAUGAUACAAAUGACUUGAUGGUGAUCAUAACAACUAAAUUGUAAACGACUUCCAUCGAAUAAGAGCCACCUCUGAGGAGGUGUUUGGCUUGUGGAAACAGGAACUUAAGUGCGAAAUACAUCCAUAUAGCUUUAGGAGACCAUACAACUUUUCUCCCAGCAGAGAAGUGACUGUGACAGCAGGGACACAUUCUGAACCAAAGUAAGGCAUGUUACAUUUUGUUAAGUGCUAAGUAGUUGCAGAACUGCAAUGCUUAAAAGUGUCCACACCAUCUUUGCAAGGGAGGUGCACGAGGAGGAAAAAAACAGAACAACAAAUUGUGCUUUCCCUUGGCUUUUACCAAGUAAACAAGAAGACUCCCCUACCCCAAGCAGUGAGGUGGUGCUAGGGGUGGGCAUUUAGGGGCCUGACUCAUUUGUGGCUUACUAGAUAGAAGAGAAGCUGAUAGUGACAGAAAGGAAGCACAAGUGGCUGUGUUGCAUCUGCCCCAAGAACUCUGACUUGGAGCAGCCUUAACCUACCAUGGAUGACGGCUAUCAGAAUGAAGAAUACUACAAUGACAAUGUGUCAGAGAGAAUAUCCCACACUGACGAAGUGCACUCGGAGUUAGAACCUACAAAAGCAGACUCAAUGAUUUUGGACCAGGGAUAUGAGAAUGCUGAGCCGGAAUAUGAGUACAUCGGGUUUUCUGGCAUACGGAUGAGAAGGCUACCGGACAACAGAGGGAAAGCAGAGCCAGCACCGUAUACAUUUGAGGAUGACAAGUGGGGACCUUUUGUCAGGAAACCCAUCAGCAUCUUCUCACUUCUGCUGCUCUGCUGCCUUAUCAUGGUGAAAGCCGCUUUUGUGAUGACAUCUGUUAGAUGCUUUUCAGUGUGUCCAGAUGAAUGGGUAGCAUUUCGGGAGAAAUGCUAUUACUUCCCCAUAAAACCAGGAAGUUGGGGUGAGGUCAGAAGCUUCUGUCGACGCCUGGGUGCAGAUCUGAUGAUAAUUGACAACAAAACAGAACAGGACUUUCUGAUUUAUAAAAUGGAUUCCACAAAGAAACUGUGGAUUGGCUUGCGUUAUGCAGAGGGUGUACCAGGGUGGCAAUGGGUGGAUGGUACAGAGUUGACCUUCGAAAACUGGGAGAUGCCAGAUAACAUUCAACUUACCGACAAAUAUAAUUAUAAAACCCAUUGUGUUGUUACAUCAGAUGAAGCCUCAAAGGGCAAGUGGAACAACAUUCCCUGUGAUAAGCUCCAUCAGUCUGUCUGUGAAAGGGACAAGGAGGUGACCUGCGUUCUGCAGUCUCCACUUUCACCACACUGAAAUCAUUUGCUUUAUUUUUAUUCCAUAGAAACAAUUUUUUUAAAAAGAUAAUUGUACAAAGAAAAUACAGAAGAAAAGCAAAAGCAGCUUGUAGCAAGGACAUACAUCAGUCAAACAGAUGUGUCACUGCUGUGAAAACAUGUGCUCUAUUCCUAACAGUAUUUCAUGGUUUGUUUUCAUUGUAUUAAAAAUCAACAACUACAAGGCAAGACAACCAACCAAGUAUUCCCCAAAGCUUGGGUUAAAAGGUGCGUCUUGUUGGAAUCCUAGAAACCAAUUCAAACACUAAUUAGACUCAGGCAUGUUGUU